CGAAGGUUUAAGGUCUAACCCGCCGUCGUGUCGUUCGCUUGCUCGGAUUCCCGUUUGCUCCAUUGCUGUCCACCGACCAACUGAUCCACCCUCUAUUUGAGCAUAAUGGAUGAUGCGCGUAGAAAAUCGUCGAUGUUUGAUACCAUGGAUACCGAUUACAUGACACUGACACGGUUCAUUAUUCAAGAGCAGAGCAAAUUCCCAACCGCAACCGGCGAGCUGACACAGCUGAUGAAUGGUCUACAGACAGCGAUAAAGGCUGUAUCCAGUGCCGUCAGAAAAGCUGGUUUGGUAUCUCUGUAUGGACUUACCGGCACCUCAAAUGUCCAAGGCGAGGAGGUGAAGAAGUUGGACGUUCUAGCCAACGAGCUGUUCAUCAACAUGCUUACCUCGUCUUAUUCCACAUGUCUGCUGGUCAGCGAAGAGGAUGACAAUGCCAUCAUUGUAGAUUCGGACAGGGUGGGCAAGUACAUCGUUUGUUUCGAUCCACUGGAUGGAUCGUCCAACAUUGACUGCAUGGGUUCCAUCGGUUCCAUUUUCACCAUCUUUCGUCGUCCUGCUGGUGCUACUGGCGAGGUGACCGAAAAGGAGGCCCUCCAAACCGGUCGAAAUAUCGUUGCCGCUGGGUACGCACUCUAUGGUAGUGCGACAGUGUUAGUGUUGUCCGUGGGGACCGGUGUUCAUUGUUUUACUUUGGAUCCGUCUGGUAAACCGUACGGAGCUCGAUACAUUGGCUCCAUGGUUGCUGAUGUGCAUCGAACUCUCGUCUAUGGUGGGAUUUUCCUCUACCCAGCCACAAAAACCUCCAAAUCGGGUAAGCUCCGCCUAUUGUAUGAAUGCUAUCCAAUGGCUUAUCUGAUGGAACAAGCUGGAGGAUCUGCGUCAAACGGUGAGAUCCCAAUCCUCGAUAUACAACCGCGAGAUAUUCACGAACGCAGCCCCAUAUUUUUGGGCAGCUCGGAAGAUGUGGCCGAUGUGUUGGCUCUGAUUGCCAAGCACAAACAAUAGCUGAUCUGCCCUGCGUUACUCGAGCCAGCUGUUUGCCUAGUUCAUUUGGUUUGAUUUUUUCCAUGCACUUUUUUCAUUCUCAUUUGGAAUCAGUCUUUCAUCUGGCUUAUAUACUUCCGUAGAUUCAUUGUGAUGGAGUUGUUCGUUUCUGAAAUAUGAUCUCCGUCGCAUCACUUCUCGUCAUUUUCACUAACAUAACCGGUGCGUCGUACAAGGACAAGUAAAGGGUUUUGUUGAGAUACAUCUCCUCUUAUGCGACUCUUAUGGGCUUCUGUUCAGCUGUAGCGUUUUUUCGGAGCC